ACUUUGCACUGAAAGGCGGGCGGGGUGCACGUCAGUCGGCCGACAGCCCUAGUCACACCAAAUACUUAUACUAUAACCUCGUUAGUCUGACGUAAAACCGUCAUAUAUGCUGAAUAGGCAGCGUUAGUGCUAUUGCGCGAAGUAAUCGGCGUAGUUAAAUUUCAGCGGACUCCUGUGGAUACGGACAAUUAUAACAUAACCUUGCUUCGCUGCAUUUAUUAUUCAGUUACUGCGCUCUACAGUACAGUCAGGAUGGCGCCCUAUAACGGUAAUCAUGAAGCUCAGACAUGCAAAUGAGAAUGGCAACGUCGAUAUAAUUGAGACUCAAGACAUCACCCUGCACAGAAACACCAACGAUCGUAACACUAGGGCAAUAUCAAGGAAAAUUUACGAAAACAUCGACAAUUCAGAAUACAAUUCAAAUUUUAAUGUAGUAUAUGACACAAGAAACCGUACUGAAACUUUCUUAAACUUUAAAACUUCUUCUAGAACAGAUAACUAUGAAAGUGCAAAUGUGAACGUUGGAGCAGUCGUAUGUAACAGACAGUAUAGAAUUAAUACUUGUAAAGUUAUUGCUUACAAAACAAUUAACAGUGAAGCUGUAAAUCUGGAGGAUACUGGAAAAAUUCACACUGCACACCCAAGCUUUUUAGAAAGCCCUAAUGCCUUAUCUGAUGUCACGCCUGUUGAUGACGAACGGGCGUUUGAACAGUCAGAUUCAGAUGAGAUGUCUGAAAACGGUAUCCAUCCUGUACCUAGAGGUAUCGUGAAUCCAAAUUAUCCAGGCUUUCAACAUUUAGCUCAUACUCUACAGGAUUAUUCGUCUAAUAUAGAAAACUUUUAUCAUUCUGAUAAUGAAAUGACUGAUGAUGAUGUUGAUUUAGAAAUUACUGAAGUAGAAUCAGAAAACAAUCAAAAAGGAGUAACAUGCAAAAAUAACAACAACAAUAGUCUUAGUACCAUUACAUUUACAAAAUUGACAUCUUCACAAAAUGAUAUAACAUUCGAAACAAAAACAUUAGAUAGACAGAUCAAAAAUGAAAUGCCCGACUUACUAAAGACAGUUCCAAAAAAUAUUAAUAACAACAAUGAAAUCUGUUGUUUUGAAUUAAAUUGCUCAGAUACAGACAUAGAAAACAACUUUCAUACAAAAGAAAUAAUUGGUGAUUUUAAUAAAGAGAUUGAAGAAGAAAUUCGAGAACUUCUCAACUAUAACAUUAACAUUCAAGAUGAUUUAGAAGAAUUACGAAAAGAUAUUAACGACACUCUUGUUAAACCUAUAGAAAACACGAUCAACAAUAUCAGCGAAGUAGUUAACCACGUCAUAAAGAAACUUGUAGAAAAUCAAGGAACGUUCAUAGAUCAACAUGAAGAUUUGCCGUUAGCAGAAGCUAUAUGUUACACAGAAGAGCGAGAUGUUGUGGAUGAGAUUAGUAAAAUUAAUAAAGAAAAUGAAAAAAAUGCUAGGACCGAAAUGAAUUUAAAUAGGCCUACAUUUUUGUACAUAGAAAAUAGCUUAACCGCGAGCGGUAAAAUUUCAGAUGCGUUUUUGUCGGAUGGAAAAGAUGAAAUAAAUGUCAGUGAAUAUGAUACGGAAAAGCUAUCUUUAAAUGUGGAAAAUACUAUCAAACAAUUGAGCACCGAACUGAGGAAGAUUAUUCCUAAAUUAGAUGAAAUGCGAGAACGUGAUAAACUUUGGGCUGAAAAUAGAAGGUUCACGGACUCCGUUGUUAAAGAUGGAAAUUCUAAUGAAAUUCAGAGCUACUCGAAACGUAAUAUUUUAUCUAGUAGUUCAACUGUAAAAGACAAAAGUGAUAUUAAAAAAGUUGGAUUUUCUAAUUCUACUAUUAGGAACGCUCCAAAAAUGUCUCAAAGAGGUCCAAGGGACCGUUUUAGAGAGCCGAAAAAUAGUAAUAGCAGUGCUCAAAGUAAAAUAUCCGUCCAUGGUGAUAAGGUCACCAAAGAGAUUGACUUAGAGAGUUUUGAUGUAUACAAUAUUGAGACUGCUUUACCUAAAUUAGAUUUGGAUGCUAUCGAAAGUCAUCUUAAAGCAGCCAAAGAAGCGGAACGUCGGAAACGUAAUGAUAGAGAGGAAAUUAGAAGGCGUUUGGCUAUGGGAGCAGAUGCAGAUGAAUACUUCAGUAUGGGACACACAGAGCGCCCAGGGAAAAAACCUAGCUUACAGUCUCGACUUCAAAGUGGGAUGAAUCUGCAAAUUUGUUUUAUGAAUGAAACAGCAUCGGAAAAUGAAUUUCAAGAUUUGGACAAGAAUGUAAAUUAUGAAACAAAAAGUCUUUCACAAUCCAGUCUUUUCAGUAAAUUAAACUAUAACCAUCCUUAUCAGACAAGGCCAUUGUCGGUCAAUAUAACAAAACAUGACAAAAUUAGCACUCUUCAGAGCGGUGCGAAAUUGCGUCCAUCAGCUUUACAAAAGAAUAAUAAGUCCCGUUCUUCACACUCGUUGGGUCAUAUUGAGCUGAAAGAGUCAGAUUUUUAUGCACUACAGGCGACACUUCAGACCGAGGCGCGGAUUGCGCUGGCCCAAGCAAAAGAAAUGGCACGUAUUCAAAUGGAGCAUGAACGUCGCAGCCGUCCGGUGUCGCCCGUGACCGAAAUGUUAAGACGUAGCAUGGAGAAGGCAAGCGCGCCGUUAGCUGCUGAUCGACGUCGGGUAUCCCGACAGCUGCUCACCGAUAUGAAUAUUGCACAGUUGCAGGUGAUCGUGAACGAGUUGCAUUCGCAGAUUGAAUCGCUAAACGACAGUCUGGUGAAACUUUUGAUGGCUCGUGACGAGCUGCACAUGGGUCAAGAUUCCAUGCUCGUUGACAUCGAGGAUCUCACUCGUUAUUUGGGUGUAAAAGAGCAAACCAAGAAGACAAAAGGCUCCAAAUCUGGUAUGAAGAGGCUUACAUCGUUAGUGAAGUAAAAUAAAUUAGUGAAGCUUAUAUGUGAUUAGAUUAUGUGUUAUGAUAAUAUUGUAUUUAAUGAAAAUUUUAAAUUAUCGCUGCCGUCUAAGUUUAUUAUUCUGAGAAAUCUCGUUUCUUAUAAUAAUUAUCUUUGAAAGAUCAAAUUAUUAUGUGCGACUUUUUCUGAGUGAUGACUUAAACGGUGCUUACAACACAAGGUAAUUAUGGUAUCCAACUUAAAGUAAAGGCCAUUAAUUAAAUUGCUCUCCUGAAAUUUAACCAUUUGUCUUGUAAAUUAAUAUGUCUAAACUAUAUUACUCUUACAAUUUUUGACUUUAAUUCUAUUGCGGAAGGAAACGGAAGUGAACAGACAUUGACGAUAGAACAACAGUAAUUGUAAGUUAAUUUAAAAUCUAAUUUGGCAUAAUGUUUGUAUUGAUAUCAUUAUUAUUUCUCCUUUUGCCCAAUUCUGUCAUCGGAGUGAGAUCUACAUCAAUAAUCUAAUAAUUUUAAAGAACAUUUUUUUUACAGCCGGAUCGUUAUUGCGUGAAAACUGUAGUUCAUAAUUUUCACGCAAUCACUGACGGAAAAUCGUUUUAAAAUCGAUUUUGGAUUCGAUUACAUUUGGAAACAAUUAAAAAUAAAACAUUCGAUGUACAUUUAAACAGUAUCUUUAACAGUGCUACUUCUAGAUUAGUUGAAGUCAUGUUUCCUUCCGCUCAGCAUAUAAACGUUAUAAAAUGUUACCUCUCUAUACUAUUCAAAUACUAUUUGUGUGUAGAAUUUUAAUCGAUAUUUAAAAUAAUGUAAUCGAAUGAUAUUCCAUGACCGAUAUUGUUGUUUUAGAGUAUAAUUAUUAUUACCUUGGACCGUGUUUCUUAGAUACACUAAAUAUAUUCUUGAAUAAACAAAUUUACCCUUUGACUCUUUCAAAUGUACCAUUUGAACAAAAUAACCAUCCAUAACAUAUAAAAUUAAAUUAGUUAUAUUUAUUUUAUUAUUUUAAAUCGUACCAUUUAGUGUUGCUGGUUUAAAAAAAAUUGAAAUACCGCCGUCAUGAGCGACUUUAACAUUUCGAGGUGUGUGUUUCUAUUGUCCCGCUAUACAUAAUAAGUUCUAUAUAAAUUGUGACGGUUUUUGUUCUAUGUAUUUAUCUCCAAAGAGUUAAAUAAGAUAUUUGUUAAUUUAAGGGUUAUUCAAGAACAUGUGUUAACUGAUAUCAGACACGAUCUCAUUGUACAAACUAAAAGAUGGUCAACCGGAGUAAUAUUAAACAGGCGGGAUUUUUAAUAGCUCUCGAUGAACUUUACAAAUUAUGAUAUAAUGUAUUAAAAUAAAAAGAAUUUAAUAUCUAUGAUCAAAGAUAAUAAGCACCAGAUCAAUUAAAAAAAGUUUAUUUUGGCUAUGGGAAGAAAACAUCUCUGUUUACAGAAAGUUUAAUUUAUCUAUGACUACAAAUUAUUAUUUCAUUCAAUCUAUAUAGUAUACAUAUACAAUAUAUAAGGUAUAAAUGGGAAUAUGAAUUUGUCGAGAAAUGUUCACUAUUACUCUGAGUGACUCAAUAUGCAAUGUAUUUGUAAUUUGUAUAUAUUGGUUCUUAUCACUUCGUUGUUGUCCUAUCACUUUCUAUGUAUAUUUAGACUUGUAUAUUUUGACUAUUAUGCCAGCUUAAGUACUGAUACCCACCUAGAUGUAUUGAAACAUAAAAAUAUUAUUCGCAGAUUAGAAAAACAUAUUUUUUCAUAAUGUAGCGCUCUAUGUAUAUAUAUAUAUACGUUUCGCCUUCGAUGUAAAACAUUUUUCACGAGGUCGCAAAAAAGUUCAAAUCAGCUGAUGCGCGCGUAAAGCAGACACCACUUACCAACUUCCUUUGUAAAAAGUACAUUACGUGUCGGAAAAAUAUUAUUAUACUGAAAUGACGAUUACUGUUUACCUUGGUGUUUAUUACAUUUCGACUUCGGGAGUAGUUAAUAAAAUUCGAUAAAAUCGGACUAAUAAAAUUGUCUAGUUUUAUUUACACAUCGAAGGUGUAUACGUACGUUUUUUUCAUUGUCCGAUUCGAUAUAUACGAUAGCAAAAUAUCGUUGCCGACAAAAACUCCUAUGUUGAGCCACUGACGGCGCCUGUAAACUUUUUAACAUCAGACUAUCGGCGACGAGAUAACGAUAUCGUAUCGUUCAAUGUAAAAACGAUUUAAUAGUCGUAAGUAAUGUUCACGAUAUUUAUGUGUAGGCGUGUAGUUGUGCACAUGCCGGUGGCGCGAUCGUAUCGGAUGCUUACGCGCAAUUACCGUAGCUACAUAAAAACAAAUUAUUAUACAUAUGUAUUGCAAAUCACGCGCUGGAAACUGUUAACUGUGUUACUACCGAUCUGCAGCGUUGUUGACGAAUUUUCGAAUUUGUUCCUAAUUAAUAUACUUAAUUACCGUACCUUAUACCUUAACUUUUAUAAUCAUAUGAACGAAUAUCAAGUUGAUAGUGAAUUAAAAAUUAACUAGAUGGCGUUAGUGGCUUUAUUAAUUAUGUGCGUAUUAACUGAUGUCCAGGCAUUCUAACUACCCUUUCAGUCUAAACAGUGAUAUUGUAUUGACUUACCCUCCACAAAAUAUAUUUCUCAAUUAAAUCAUACUUACCAUUUAAUAUUGCAGUAAGAGUAGUAGCUAUAAAUGUUGAAAUUUACAUUGAUCUUCUUUAUGUGACUUAUGAAAGAGAUUUUUUAAGCGGUGACUCAGAGGUGACGAGUUAGAUUCUUGUUAUGAAAAAAAUAUUUUUUAAAACAAUUCCUAUGAUUGAUCUUUGUCAAAAUUUAUAUUCAAGUUAUCUGUUGAGUAAAGAAAUUUACAAUACAAUUUUUACUAAGAUUCGAAAGUAGCGUGACGCCAUCUACUAGAAUCGUAAUACAGAUGACUUGUAAUUAUUAUAUCCGACAGAUGGCGUUAAUUAUAGGUUCAUUAUAUUUUUUAAUUGUGCUAUCCGUGCACACUUUACAUCCCAUACACAUUAUUAAUUAGUACGAUUAGUGUGUAUUUUUUCAAAUAUGAAAAUAAAUGUUGUUCGGAAUAUGCAUAUUGCUUGCGAUUUUUGUUAUCGCGAUAGAAGCUAUCUCUACAAUAUCCGUUAUCAAAUAAGGUCCCGUGUGCUUAGUGCGAGUUUUUUAACGUUUUCGAUAGCGUAAAAGCUAGCUCAUAUUUGUAUGGAAUGGAAUCGUUCGCCUACGUUUGCCGCUAGGGGCUCUGUUCGAACUGCAUAUAAAAUUGGGUUAACUUUUACGCUAUCGAGAACGUUUAAAAACUCGCACUAAGCACACGGAUCACUAUUCUCAGCGUGCAAGUGAUAUUCAACGACUGAGGUGUCUAUGUGGGCGUUAGAACGGAGGAUAUAACACAAACAUUAAGUUGAUUCAGUCUACGUUAACUUUUUAGUAGAUUUUUCAUGAUCACACAUUUAUUUUAGUUCUCGCUAGUUUCCAAACGCACAUGAUAUAAAAUAUUCCAAGAUGGGUUUGCCGAUAAAUACAACAUGCUAUUUACAACAUGCUCAGUUCAAAACGAUACAAUUUAAUUUAACGUUUUUAAAUAUGUAUUAUACAUAUUUGUAUUGCUUGGGAAUGUGGAGUAAUAUAUUUGUUUAUUUAUUACACUUCAUGAAAAAUUUACAUUGGCGGACUUAAUGCUGUAGGAAUUCUCUACCAUAUUAUAAUAUUUUAUAUUAUAUUAUGGUAGUAUUAUUAUAUUAUAGUAUUUACCUUUAAUAUUAUAUUUUAAUACAAUUUCUAAUAUCAUCUUGUUAGUCGUAUCUACCUCUCGUCCUCCCAUUCACAUAACUUUGGCGGUGACUACCACUUCUGUGCAGUAUAAAGAAAAUUUAAAACUAUGUGUAAAAAAAAUAAUAGAAGUUAGUAAAGAAGUUCGAAUAAAUAGAUAAUAAUUCCGAUAAUUUGUCAACAUCGCUGAUCGAUUAAUCUUAUAUUCGUAUUUAAGAUCUUUUGAGUGAGAAAAAUUGGUGUAUUGUAAACUUGGGUUCCUUAAUGAAUAUAAAUUUAAUUUUUAAAGCUCAA